AUGAAGGAUGACGAGAUAGCUGCUCGUAACUUGGCUCUCCAAGAAGAAGAAGAAGAAGAACGCCUUGACGAGUAUGAUGAAAAGUGCGAGAAGGAAAAUCAGCCGCGAUGGUCUGUCCCUGCUAAGAAGAGAGUUAGAGGUCCACUGGAUAAGUAUGUGACUGUCCCUCCUCCUGAUAUUUUGCAAGGAAGAAAAGAUAGAAAGAGUACUCUUGGAGCUUCUUGUGAUAAAGCGUUAAGGGAAGAUGUGUGUUUAGGUAUAACCAGGUGGUUUUUGGAUGCUGGUCUUGCGUUCAAUGCAGUCAACUAUCCUAGUUUUGACAAGAUGCUUCAGUUAAUUGCACAAUAUGGAUUAGGAUUAAAACCACCAAGCAUGUAUGAACUAAGGGUUCCGCUACUUAAUAAGGAAGUGGAGAACACUCUUGACCAAAAUGAGGAGAACAAGAAAGGGUGGGCUAGUAAAGGAAGUUCACUUAUGUCUGAUGGCUGGAGAGAUUCAGUGGCUAAAAAAGACAAUGACAACUUUCUACUUAAUUCCCCUAAAGAUUAUGUUUUCAUGAAGUCCAAAGAUGUUUCUGAAGUGGUGAAAGAUGCAACAUUGUUGUUUAACUUGUUAGAUGAUAUGGUUGAGAAAAUUGGAGAACCUUAUGUAGUUCAAGUCAUCACAGACAAUGCAAAGAACUACAUAAAAGCUGAAAAAUUGCUUGAAGCAAAAAGACAUCAUCUCUACCGGACUCCAUGUGCUGCACAUUGCAUUAAUCUAAUGUUGGAGGACAUUGGAGAAAUCACAGAAUUGAAGAAUGCAAUGAAAAAAUGCAUGUUCAUGAAUGGAUAUAUCUAUAGUCAUGUCCCUCUUGUGAACAUGAUGAGGAAGUUCACAAAGCAAAGGAAUCUGCACAGACCGGCUAUAACAAGGUUUCCUACUUCUUGCAUAACCAUGACUCAGUUUCUCAAACAGCAGAAGCCUUUAAGGGAUAUGGUCAAUUCUGCUGAAUGA